AUGUCUGAUUUAAAUCAUCCUAUUUGGACCCAGUUUGCAUCUAAUGAUGCUAAUAAUUCUAUAAUUUGUUUAGAAUGUAGUCAUUAUUAUUCAUCAACACCAAGAGUAACAACAUUAAAGAAUCAUUUUAUUGUUAAACAUCCCGAAAUAUGGGAACGUAUCAGAAAAAACAAAAAGAAUGGAGGUUAUAAAGGCAAAAAUAAGCAAAAAUAUAUCCAAGAACAACAAGAAGAAGCUUCUAAUUCUUCAAGUGUCAAUGUUGAAUCCAAUCAUGAAAAUGAAGAAAAUUUUCAGAUUGAAAAUAAUGAUAUUAAUAUUUCCGAAAGUAUAGAAAAUAUUGAAGGUCAGAUUAUUCGAAAAGAUAAUUCUAAUUUAAAUAAUGGUUUUAGUAUAGUUAAAAAUAUCAAAAGUAUUGAAGUUGUGAAUAAUAAAAAUUUUGAAAUUGAAAUUAAAGAUAAUAAGAUUAAAAUUAAUGGAAAAUGUAAAAUUGAAUUUAAAUGA